CGCCACGCUGCGGGAGCGCGAGCUCGGCGCCUGCGCAGCCGCGGGCCUCCCAGCAGCCUCCAGCGCAAGAUGGCGCUACGGGGGUCUCCGCGCCCGGCCGUCUGAGGGGACACGAGCGACCGACCGCCGCCGAGUUCCAGCUUCGCGUGGUUCCGCGCCGACGCCGAGCGUGAGCCCAGGCGGGGGCCAUGGCCGCGGUGGUGGCCAAGCGGGAAGGGCCGCCGUUCAUCAGCGAGCCGGCCGUGCGCGGCAACGCCGCCGUCCUGGAUUACUGCCGCACCUCCGUGUCGGCGCUGUCGGGGGCCACGGCCGGCAUCCUGGGCCUCACGGGCCUGUACGGCUUCAUCUUCUACCUGCUCGCCUCCGUCCUGCUCUCCCUGCUCCUCAUCCUCAAGGCGGGGAGGAGGUGGAACAAAUACUUUAAGUCUCGGAGACCGCUCUUCACCGGGGGACUCGUCGGCGGCCUCUUCACCUACGUUCUCUUCUGGACCUUCCUCUAUGGCAUGGUGCACGUCUACUGACCCGGCUGCGCCAAGGGAACACCGUGCCCACGUCGCUUUUAAGUCUCCGCCGUCACUGCUCCACCUGUCACGUUAUCAUUUCUAUCAGAAGACGACGAGCCUGUAAUGAUCUUCAGAUUAGAGGAAGCGUCAGGCACUGUGUGGAGGGUUUUUCCCACUUAAUGCAUUAACCGCUACUUCUACCCCCUCCCCCCCAUCCCACCCCGCCGUUGGCAUGAGGGCAGAAUCGCCAAGUCUUUGACCCCUGGAGUGCUGCGAUUGGGCCUCCCGAGUAGUUCCCUGGGAUUUACGUGGACACCAGCCAGGGAGGGCUUCCUAAGCUGACAUGACCUGGUGUGGCAGUUCUGGCUUCUGUCUGGCAGGCAGUGCGCCUUGUCUUUCGCACCCUUAUGCCCUUUCAUUCCAGGAGUUGGGAUUCUUGGUUGAGAGUAUCCUUUUAUAGCCCUGCCUUUCCUCCCACUAACCAUGAUUUUCAGGUGUGAAAGGUGCGACUUAAAGUCUUUUUUCACUAUUUACUGCUGUCUCCCAUCAAAAAAAGUUCUGUUGAAUAUGAAACCCACAGGAUGGGGGUGUGUAUACAAAAACAUCUUUAAAAAAGAUAUGUAUCCACCCGUAAUUCAUGACAGCUCUUACUGCAAUAGCCAGAAUAGGUGGCCAGUGACAGAUGGACAGAUCAAGAAGUUGUGGUAUGUUAACAGGUAUCACACAUGCACUGUGAAACACCAUGCAACUUUAAGACAAAAUUAGAUCUUCUAAUUCCCGGCAAUUUGGAGGGAGCUGGAAGGUAUCAUGUUGAAUAAAAUAAGUCAGAGGGAGAAGAGCAAAUGCCAAAUGAUCUCACUCAUCUGAUCUCACUUUGUGGUAUAUAAAGAAAAUGAGAGUAGAGAGUGUCAAAUGAUAACACGCCCUUGACCCUGGAUUACAGAACUGAGAUCACCAAGCAAGGCCCCCUAUGGGUAGGAGUGGAAUGAAGAGGUGGACUUGAAGUAGCAUAGAGAUAUUGGUGGAGGGUCAUUGGCACUUUGGUGGGCAUGAGGUGUGAUAACUAUAUCAAAACCAUGAUUGUUAAUGCUGUUAUAAACAUGUAACCUAAACUAUACAAUUUUUUUUUAAUUUCAAUCUUUGAAAAUAUCACACCAGGAAAAAAUUGGGGGCAUGUAUAGAGAGUAAAUGCCUCUGUUGAUUGACUAAUCUUGAUCCUUUCUUGUGAGGGAUUACUUAAGAAAUAAAAAUGCUUUGAAUUGCUGUGA